GAAUGCGACAUCUCCGAGGAGUGCGCUCAGGCCAUUGUCGAGGUCAAGCAGAUAUGCGAGGCGAUCCAGACGGCAGCCUCGAAAACCAUCGGGAAGUCCGCGCAGAAAGACCCCUACGCCGACAUCGGCACCUUGCAGGCUGCUGGCGGCAAAGCAGGGGCCACAGACGCUUGGGCGCAGGUCGGGGCUGCUCUGGGGCAGUCGCCCCACUGGAAGACGCUCCUGAAGAACGUGAUCUCCAGGGAGAAGGUCUACCUGGAGCUGGCGCCUCAAGUCGCCCAGGACUUGUCCGAAGUCGAGGCUCUUUCGAAGACGAUGGAUGUAAAUGCCUUCCCAGUGCGGGCCAAGUCACUGAUCGAUCGUCUCCCCAACUACAUCGCCAGGUUGGGGGCUGAGCCAAUCCAGAUGCUCGAGACCUCGCUGGUCCAGGUCAUUCACAAGGCAGCCACUGCUGCUCUCGAGAAGGAUUUCCCUGGCGACACUGCCAAUGACCCGACUCGUUACCAUGCGUUGCUCGAGUCUUACUCGGAGGUCGUCGAGAAGGUCUAUCAGGUGUGCCAGUUCGAUGAUGCCAUCUCGCAGUUAAAGGAUAGGGUAAUGAACGCCAUCAAGAGUGUAGAUCAGGAAACCACGACCACCUCAAUCAUCGGCAGCAUGAGCAAGUUCCGUGAGGGGACUAUCGACAUUUCAGUCUUGCACGCCGACGUGAAGCGCCUCAGUCUGAGUGCGGAUUCAGCUACCGAUGAUCUUCAGGCCGCUGUAUCUCAGCUUCGGGAUUUCCUGAUGAAGACGGAUGCUAUCCAGACUACCUUGGGCGACAAGUUCGACGUGUACACCGACGUGCUGAACAGGAUUUCCAGCUUCCACUCCGACCGCGAGAAGCUCACGUCUCACAUGGACUUGAUUAAGAAGACUUCGUCGCUCAGGAGCGCGCUCUCGAAGUUUAUAGGUGAUCUGAAGGAGCGGGAAGUCGACAUGCAGAAGGUGCUCACGGCGGAUCCGAACGAGAAGCUGUGGAGGGCCUUCGUGAAGGCCAAGACGGAUCUGACCACCUGCACCAACACCAUCUCGAACAUCACCGCUAGCCUCGACGAAGUUGGCCUUACCUUCAGAGAUACAUACAAUGAGCUUGUUUCCCUGUCCGAGACAUAUUACACGCAGGCGGUCGGUUUGAAGAUGGCUGCCAGGAAGGACGCGGUGACGGAGGCUUCGGAGAAGCUGCAGUCGACCCUGGACCAGAGCCCCGCGUACUCCACUUACAAGCUGCACGUCAAUGACACCAGCAGCUGGGCGGACAUCGUCAAGAUCGCAGACACCUUCAAGGAGCUGGCGACCGCCGACGUGUACAACCUUUGCGACGAGUUGAACAAGGCUGUGAGUAUCUACUUGACCAAGCGCUCGGAGUACCAGGUACCAGCGGACCCCGAAUGCAAACUCGUGGAGAAUGCGCAGCUCAACGUAAAGCAGCGCGCUGCCAUCGCAGCCAUGGCCGAUAUCACGAGAAGCCUCACUGACGAUAAGCUGGUUUCGAACAAGGUGAGCUUGCGUAGCUCUCUCCAGAAAGUACAGGGGAAGCUCAGGUUAUACAAGGUUGAGCCGACCCUCUUGCACAGCGCAGUGGCGUUCAAGUUCAAGGCAGGGUUGACUCUCAAUUUCAG